UACUCUUUUCAUAUAAAUAAAAAUGAAACGCAUUGUUCCAACCGUUGCUUUAACAUUUUUUCUUACUCUUCGAAAUUCCUUCCUUUUUUUCUUGCUACCACCACUGUUUCAUUGCCAACCAACUGCCACGAUCACCACCACUGUUCUAUUUUGAACCAUGCCACCCAAAGUGAGUGCCAAAGGAGCUAAGAAAGCUGCGAAACCGAAACCGGCCCGCAGUGGUGACAAAAAGAGGAAGAGGAAGAGGAAGGAAAGCUAUUCUAUCUAUAUCUAUAAAGUAUUGAAGCAGGUGCACCCGGACACGGGUAUCUCUAGCAAGGCUAUGUCCAUUAUGAACAGCUUCGUCAACGACCUGUUCGAAAGAAUCGCCGCAGAGUCCAGCCGCCUUGCCCACUACAAUAAACGAUCGACCAUUAGCAGUCGUGAGGUGCAGACAGCAGUUCGUCUUUUGUUACCGGGUGAAUUAGCCAAACACGCCGUAUCAGAAGGAACCAAAGCCGUCACUAAAUACACCAGCAGCAAAUGAGAGAAGACCAUUUAAUUCUCCCUCCCUCGUUUUAUGGGGACUUACAUACAUACAUACAUAUAUGUUGAUGUACUUUCAUUUUCCUCAACUUCAACGAAUCGACGAUACACGAUGGAAACUUAUAAAAUGCAUUGCAUCACAUUAACAUCAGAAUUUAAUGUUUAUAUUUAUAAACAUUCGCAUACAUAAACACAUUCAUGUUUACAUCAACAAGUUGAUUUAAAAUGUUCUAUAUAAUAUAAACUCCAAAAUAAAUACUAAAAUCAAUACACCUACAUCUAUUGACAUUUGUUAUUCUAACAACACAUCCAAGCAUAUAAACAUUUCAAUACAAUUCUGAAUGCUUAAAAUAUCUUAUAAAUUUAAUCUAAAUCCAUUUAAACAUAGUUUUUUUUUAAAGAGCUGAUCGUAUUUUCUUUUUUAAACAUAUUUUACAAGCAAACAUACUGUAAUAACUAGAUCGCUCCCGUUAUUACAUUUCAUGUUUGUCACCUGAAGAUAUGAUGUAUAUAUGUGUCAAAUAUAAACACAAACAUCAGUAGUUGUGUUUGGAAACCACAGCCAGCAAAUGUUCAUAAGGAGAAAAUAAUGAGUGACUGCCAACUCUAUACCAACCCCAUCCAUUUAUCUCUCUCCAAGAGAUACAUAUAUUCCAAGAUAUUCUGGUGCUUUGUAUUUUCACCUUCAUUCCCACCCCGAUCUGUGCAAAACUGAACGACGUAUAUUGAAGCUAUUUAUUACCCGUUGAGUGUGGUUACCUUCAGCUUCAUUCGGUUCUUUCAAUACAUCUGCUACUAUUUACUACCGUUUACAUAAUUAUUCCAGUAACAAGUAUCUCCAUCCUAUUCUCUUCAAAAAACAAAACAACAAAUUGGAACUAUAUCUAUUCCAAGGUACCCUUGGAACUCUGUUUUCUAUUCUGCCCCACCUUUCGUCAUCAUCAUUUUACUUCUACCACCUCCCAUAAAUCAUUUAUUGAUUAAUAA